AUGGAUCUCUGCUUUUUUGAGAUUGGAAAUGUGGAUAUAAUUUUUAAUAAAUUAAUACUAUAUCUGAACCUGGUUCUAUUGCUGCUGAAAAUGGAAUAUUUUAAUGUACUUUUGAUAAGAGUUAAAUGA